AUGUUGAACAGGGUGGCUGCUGUUGACGUUCUCACGUUCACCAUCAAACAAGGAUUGGCACAUCCUCUGCAGUCCUUCCCAGUCAUCGUUGCUCUGGAAACUUCUCCUAAUCCUGUGUUGUCGGGACGAGCGACGGCAUUGCACGGUCUGCUCCAUCAAAAGCACUCGUCUCUUCUGAAUACCCGGCAUAUCCAAAGCGCACGCGCCUCGUUCGACUACCAGCGCACAAUUGAUCCAGCCCACGUGCACGGCUACCGAGACGGGACUGCUUUGCUCGGUAGAUGGUAUGCACUUGUGCGGGAGAAACGACAGACACGACAGGAGUUCCUGAAGCUCUUGGCCAAAGUGUUCCACCCUGCGCGUGCUGACGAAGCGACGCAAGACGAAGUGGACUUUGUGCGCUAUAUGGCCGAGAACUUUGCGUCGUUCGAGUAUAAAACGCAAGAAGAGGUCAUCACGGUCAUCAAAGAUCUGACGGCCAUAUUGUCUGUCGAGGGCAUGCGUGUGCUCGAGAUUAUUUCGCCGUCCCACCUCAUUUCCCAGCUUCGGCGGAGACAUCGCGAUGGAGGUCGACCAUGGAGCCCCCCAGAGCAGAACGCCGUUGAUGCGCCCAUGUACUCCUUGUCCGAAGAAAAAUGUUCCAAAUUCGUCAUGAACAAGAAGAGCGCCGUUGGCGACAGGCCCGCGACCCCGAAGCACAGGAACGCCAUUUCUUGGGACCGUCUACCAUUCGCAACGGCCCCGAUCCUGACCUCAGACGACUGUGAAGCACAGAAGGAGAAGUUCCUUGCUGUUUGGAAUGAAGAUGGGGUGACCGCCGAACCGCAAGAUGAAUUCCAAUGA